AUGCCCCUUCCCUUUGAAGAGUUUCAAGGGAGGCCGGGGAUUUCUUCUUUCUCUUCUUCCUUCUCCGCACCACCGUCUCCUCUUUUGGGCCGCCGCAAAUCCAGAGAGGAAGUCCUCUCCUCGGAGCCCACCUCUGUUCUCGACGCUCUGAGCCCUCUCACGACCUCCUCUUCCACGGUGUCUUCCUCUCACGGCGGACACAGCGCCGUCGGAGGCGGCACCUCCACUGCCAUCUCCGGCGACGAGCAAUGCGGACAGAUGGGCUUGGGCGAUUGGGAGCCAGCGCCUUCCCACGACCAGGACCACGAACAGAGCAUUCUCCGACUCAUCAUGGGAGAUUCUCAAGACCCUUCUCUCGAACUCAACACCAUUCUCCAGACCUCAUCCUCCUCAUCACCUGUCUUCCACGACCCCGAUUACACCACCCUCGGCUUCGGUGUGGUCGACACCGGAUUCGGGUCAGACCCGCCACUGUUCCAGUCAAAGCCGCCGUAUCAUCUUCCCCCUCUCCUAAUCAACCAAAGCCAGACUCAUUUCACACACAACCCGACCGUCUUCUACGGCCACAAUAUUCCGGCGACACCUCCACCGGCAAAGCGGCUCAACCAAGGCCCCUAUCCGGAUCCGAGCAAACAGGGGAUAACGGAGCAGCUGCUAAAGGCCGCGGAGGUGAUAGAGAGCGGCGGUGACACAUGUGUAGCUCAGGGGAUAUUGGCGCGGCUCAAUCAACAGCUCUCUUCCCCAAUCGGAAAACCCUUCGAGAGGGCGGCUUUCUACUUCAAAGAGGCUCUCCAUGGCCUCCUCCUCAACGCCUCCCAAACCCUAAACCCUUACUCCCUCAUCUUCAAGAUCGCCGCCUACAAAUCCUUCUCCGAGAUCUCUCCCGUUCUCCAGUUCGCCAACUUCACCUCAAACCAAGCACUCCUCGAGUCCUUCCAUGGCUUCCAUCGCCUCCACAUCAUCGAUUUCGACAUCGGCUACGGCGGCCAAUGGGCUUCUCUCAUGCAGGAGCUCGCCCUCCGCGACAAUUCCGCUCCUCUUUCACUCAAAAUCACCGUCUUCGCUUCUCCGGCCAACCACGACCAGCUCGAGCUCGGCUUCACUCGCGACAACCUCAACCACUUCGCCUCCGAGAUCAACAUCUCCCUCGAUGUCCAAGUUCUGAGCUUGGACCUUCUCGGCUCUGUUUCCUGGCCUAACUCCUCGGAGGAGAAGGAAGCCGUCGCCGUUAACAUCUCCGCCGCGUCCUUCUCGAACACCCCUUCGUACCUCCCUCUGGUCCUCCGCUUCGUGAAGCAUCUCUCUCCGACAAUCAUCGUCUGUUCCGACAGAGGAUGCGAGAGGACGGAUCUGCCCUUCCCGCAACAGCUGGUCCACUCGCUGCAGUCGCACGCGGCACUCCUCGAGUCGCUCGACGCCGUCAACGCCAACCUCGACGCGAUGCAGAAGAUCGAGAGGUUCCUCAUACAGCCGGAGAUAGAGAAGCUCGUCGUGGAUCGUAGCCGUACGACAGAGAGACCGAUGAUGACGUGGCAAGCGAUGUUCUUGCAGAUGGGGUUCUCGCCGGUGACGCACAGUAACUUCACAGAGUCUCAGGCGGAGUGUUUGGUGCAGAGGACGCCGGUGAGAGGAUUCCACGUGGAGAAGAAACAUAACUCUCUUCUUCUCUGUUGGCAACGGAGAGAACUCGUCGCCGUCUCCGCCUGGAGAUGUCGCUCCUGA